AUGUGUCGUGGCUCCUUCAACAGGUGGCGGUAUGGUCCUCUUUUUUUUCCCGAGGUGAACGCGCAGAUCGGCCAACUGGGGCGAGACCAGCUUUGGCAAGAAGCGGUCGCACUGCUGGAGGAGCUCGAGCGUCAGCAGACCGAGCCGGACAACAUCCUCCGAAAUGCGGUCACAUCCGCCUGCGACAAGGCCUCGCGAUGGAUGCAGGCGCUGCAGUUGAUGCAGUCUGGCGGGCUCGCGGGCUACUCUGCAGACGCCUUUGCUUUCACGUGCUGCAUCAGCGCUUGUGGAAAGCCAAGCCGAUGGACGGACUCUCUGCAGCUCUUCGCGCGGAUGAGGAAUUGUGGGCCAGCUCCCAGCGUAGUGACCUGCAACGCAGCGCUGGGAGCGGUUGGCAAAGGCCGACGGUGGGAUUUGUCCUUCAAGUUGCUGCGCAAGAUGUGCCAGCCGAGAUCUGCGCUUCCCAGCGCCAACGCGGUGACCUUCAACACAGCGCACCCGGCAGGCCACCACCGCGGCGCUGGCAGCCUGCUGGCCCUUGGCCGCGUGGCUGUGCGCGCUACUGCAGAUGGAAGGUCUGCAGCCGGAUGA